UUCGUACAAAACUUAAGUCUAAUACCUCUAAAUUGCAAUAAGUCUAUACGUAAUAAUGGGAAGUAUUGAGGUUCAAGAAACACAUGUUCUAAUGGUAGCAUUACCAUUCCAAGGUCACCUCAAUCCAAUGCUCAAAUUCGUCAAAAAUCUCGCUCGAACCAACCUACACUUCACUCUCGCCACCACUGAACAAGCCCGUGACCUCCUUUCAUCCACGGAUGAACAGCAAAGCCUGAUGGACCUUGUGUUCUUUUCUGAUGGUCUGCCUAAAGACGAUCCAAGAGACCCCGAACCUCUCAUAGAGUCAUUGAGAAAAGUCGGAGCCAAGAAUUUUUCGAAAAUCAUCGAAGAAAAGAGAUUUGAUUGCAUCAUCUCUAUACCUUUUACUCCAUGGGUUCCAGCUGUUGCAGCUGCUCAUAACAUUCCUUGUGCAAUCCUCUGGAUUGAAGCAUGUGCAGUUUUCUCGGUUUAUUACCGUUACUACAUGAAGACAAACUCUUUCCCCGAUCUCGAAGAUCCUAAUCAAAGAGUGGAAUUACCAGCCUUACCGUUGUUAGAAGUCCGAGAUCUCCCGACAUUGAUGUUACCUUCUCACGGUGCUAACUUUAAUACACUAAUGGCGGAAUUCGUCGAAUGCUUGAAAGAUGUGAAAUGGGUUUUGGCUAAUUCAUUUUAUGAACUCGAAUCGGAUAUAAUCGAAUCGAUGUUCGAUUUUAAACCUAUUAUCCCAAUUGGUCCUCUUGUUUCUCCAUUUCUUUUGGGAGCUGAUGAGGACAAAGCCCUAGAUGGAAAAAACCUAGAUAUGUGGAAAGCUGAUGAUUAUUAUAUGGAGUGGCUUGACCAGCAAGUUAGGUCUUCUGUUGUUUAUAUAUCUUUCGGAAGCAUACUCAAAUCAUCGGAGAAUCAAGUCGAGACCAUAGCAACAGCGCUGAAAAACAGAGGAGUUCCAUUUCUAUGGGUGAUUAGGCCAAAGGAGAAAGCUGAAAACGUCGACGUUUUGCAGAAGAUGGUUAAAGAAGGUCAAGGAGUUGUUAUUGAAUGGGGUCAACAAGAGAAGAUACUGAGCCACAUGGCGAUCUCUUGUUUUGUCACUCACUGUGGAUGGAACUCGACAAUCGAGACGGUUGUGACUGGUGUUCCGAUUUUGGCGUAUCCGACUUGGUUUGAUCAGCCGCUUAACGCAAGAUUGCUUGUGGAUAUGUUUGGAAUAGGAGUAAGGAUGAGCAAUGAUGUCGUCGACGGAGAGCUUAAGGUUGCUGAGGUUGAGAGCUGCAUUGAGGCCGUGACAAAUGGUCCAGCCGCCGUGAAUAUGAGAAGGAGAGCGGCGGAGCUGAAGCAAGCAGCGAGAUCUGCAAUGGCACCUGGUGGAUCUUCAGCUCGUAAUUUGGACGUGUUCAUCAACGACAUCAAAAUCUUUACUUGAACUAGGGGAUAAUCCGGGCUAC